UAAGUAAGAAGACACAUGAACAAAGAGACACAGACACAGCAAAAAUAAGAACAGAGAGACACAGACACAGACAAAGAUAGCGAGAGAGAGAGAUAUGGAGGAUACGGAUCUGAAAGCGCCGAUUCUGGGGGCGAGUCGAAACGGUACAGGAGGGGGGAGGCUGAGUCGGAGAUCGUACUCGGUGAAGUCAUUGAAGAAAGAUUUCGCGUUAAGUUUGCCUGAUAAGCUUCGCUCUGCUGGUGAUUUCGACCCUGAGUCUCAAACUUUCAGCCCUGACCUUUCCACAAUCUCCGGCUUAACCAAAGAUGUUACAUAUAUGUGGCAAAGACAGUCGAGCUUAGAAGAAUACACACGAACAUGGAAACUUAGACAAAGCAAAAGUAAGAACACAGAGAGUCAGAGACACACACACAGAGAUAUGGAGGAUACGAAUCUGAAAUCGCCGAUACUAGGGGCGAGUAGAAGCGGUAGGAGAGGGGGGAGACUGAGUCGGAGGUACUCGGUGAACUCGCUGAGGAGCGAGUUCGUGUCAAGGUUGCCUGAUAAGCUUCGGUCUGGUAUUGACCCUGAGUCUGAUCCAUUCUACCUUGACCUUUCCAAACCCUCCAGCUUAUCCAAAGGAGAAAGGGAGUACUAUGAAAGACAAAUCAAUACCAUGAAUUCCUUUGAAGAAGUCGAUUCUUUGAUGACAUCUAACAGUAUUGAUGAGGAGGAACAGGCUAAAGAAGAUGCUCGACAUGAAAGAGCAAUGAAGAUAUCUAAUUAUGCAAAUAUAAUACUUCUGGCAUUUAAGGUCUAUGCUACAAUAAAGAGUGGAUCUUUGGCCAUUGCUGCAUCAACACUAGAUUCUUUACUUGAUCUCAUGGCUGGUGGCAUUCUUUGGUUCACUCACCUGGCAAUGAAGAGCAUAAAUAUCUACAAAUAUCCUAUUGGAAAGCUGAGGGUGCAGCCAGUAGGCAUAAUUAUCUUUGCUGCUGUCAUGGCUACACUUGGCUUUCAGGUGUUGCUUCAGGCUGCAGAAGAACUAAUUAAAGAUGAACCUUCUGAAAAACUGUCCAAAAGUAAAUUGAUAUGGAUGUGCACAAUCAUGAUAUCUGCUACUGUAGUAAAACUUGCCCUCUGGAUAUACUGUAAAAACUCAGAAAAUGAUAUCGUCCGUGCAUAUGCAAAGGAUCACUUUUUCGAUGUGGUAACUAAUGUGGUUGGAUUAGCUGCAGCUCUUCUUGCCGAUGAAUUUUUCUGGUGGAUUGACCCCGCUGGUGCCAUCAUCCUUGCAUUGUACACAAUAAUAAAUUGGUCUCAAACUGUAUUUGAAAAUGCUGUUUCUCUCGUGGGACAGUCUGCACCUCCUGAAGUCUUGCAGAAACUAACAUAUCUUGUCAUGAGGCACCCUAAAGUCAAGCGUAUUGACACUGUCCGUGCCUACACCUUUGGUGUUCUCUAUUUUGUAGAGGUUGACAUUGAACUCCCAGAAGAGCUACCACUAAAAGAAGCACAUACCAUUGGAGAGAGCUUGCAGGAGAAGCUAGAGAAACUUCCGGAAGUUGAGCGGGCAUUUGUUCACCUCGAUUUUGAAUGUGAUCACAAGCCAGAGCACUCUGUACCCAGCAGACUACCCAACAAUCAGACUUGAAUUUUAAAUAGCUCAUACAAGUCUGACAUAGAAGAUGUGUUAGAAUCUUAUGGCUUUGUGGAGUUAAAUGGUUCGCCUUGAGGAAAUAGUUGUCUCUUCACCUAAGCCACUCACUUUCCUGCUCAUUCCCUAUCAAUAAUGCUUUAAUAGUUCCCCUUGUGACAGGCUAGUGCAAUUAUGAUUUAUGGUCUCCAUUGGGUUUCAAAUGCUUUUUCUUUAUGCUGAAGCACAAAGGCAGUUAUUAUGUAAGAAGCUCUUUUUGUCGUUCACAAUUAAAAUGUGAAAAAAACUUAAAUUGGACUCUAAUAACUUAAGCUACUGAUAAAUUAA